AUGAAUGGUAAACGACCAAAUGCUGUAAUAACUGAUGGUGCCAAGGCUAUGAAGCUUGCAAUUGAAAAGGUAUUUCCAGAUGCACACCAUAGGUUGUGCGGAUGGCAUUUGUUAAGAAAUGCCACAGCCAAUGUCUCCAACCCCAAGUUUACCCAACAAUUCAGGAAAUGCAUGCUUGGCGAUUAUGAGAUUGAUGAGUUUGAGGAGAGGUGGGUGUCAAUGGUUAAUAGUUUUGGGGUUAAGGAUAUGGAGUGGGUUGAGACCACUUAUGGGAUUAAAGAUAUGUGGGCUACAGCACAUAUGAGAGGCAAGUUCUUUGCCAGGUUGAGAACUACAUCGAGCAUUAAGGAAUUCCUCCAUCACUUCCGCCGGUGGAUGGGUUUGUUGCGGAAUAAUGAGGCUGAGGCUGACUAUUACACCUCAUACGGGUAUCCGAUAAUGCAAACACAGGUGCAAGCAUUGGAGCGAUCAGGAGCAAGUGUUUAUACAAGGGAGGUGUUCUACUUGUUUCGAUCAUUAUUGUUGAAAGCGUCAAGUGUGAUAAUAGUUGAUUGGCGAGAGACUUCAUGUAGUGUGAACUAUGAUGUACGAAAAUAUUGUGAGUUAACACGAAAAUGGGUUGUAUCUUAUUGGCCUGGUAGCAGUGAGUUUAGGUGUUCAUGUCAACGAAUGGAGUCAUUUGGCAUUCCAUGUGUUCAUAUCAUUCGUCUGUUGAUAUAUCUUCAAAUUACAGAAUUACCUGAGUCACUGAUAUUGAAGCGAUGGACCAUGAAAGCAAAAGAGGCUCAUAUAAGGUUGGAGCAGCAGGGAUCGUUAGUUGGAGAUAGAAGUUAUGAGAGUAGGAUUGCUGCUAUGAAUGAUGAGCUGGAGGGCUUGCCAUUUGCUGCUUGCGGAGAUUUAGGUGAUUUCAAGGAUGUUAUGGAGUGGGUCAGAAACAAAAAGGCUGAAUUAUUUGCCAAACAUGAAAAGAAUAGAGAGGGAAGUUCUAAAAGUGCGGGUGAGAAAUUCAAAACACGGACGGAUGCUAUUUCAAAAGAAGCUGGGGACAAAAAGAAAAAGCGAAGGAUUCGGUGCAGCAGAUGUAACGGUAUAGGACACAAUCGGCGAAAUUGUCGCCGUGGAGAUGACCAUAAUCAAAUGGAAAGUGGAGACGGAGGAGGUCCCGAAGAUGAUGACGAUUGGUCUAGUCAAACCAGCGAGGAGGGGAUCGAAGAAAUGGAUUUUGAUGUCACCAUUGGUAAUCAGAAAGGCAAGUAUCGUUAG